GAAACCAUCGGGCGCCCGGUCCACAUUCUGUUCUUUGACGGUUGCCCACAGCAGAGGCCACGUUUGCCCCGACACCAUGUCGCUCCGGUUUUCUGGCGGGUCCAGGCGCUCUUGCUUGCAGUCUGGAGCUGGGUCUGCCAGACCACCCAGCCGAGGUGUGGCAGGCGGCAGUGCAGGCGGCAGCUCCGUGGCUGGCGGUGGAUUUUCCUGUGCCCUGGGGAUCCCCAAUGUUGGGAGCCAUGCGGGAGGCGCCCUUGGAAACACUGCUGGAAAUGAACGAGGACUCCUCUCGGGGAACGAAAAGGUGACCAUGCAAAAUCUCAACGACCGCCUGGCAUCCUACCUGGAUAACGUGCGGGCUCUGGAGGAGGCCAAUGCUGAACUGGAGAGAAAGAUCAAGAGUUGGUAUGAACAAUACGGACCUGGGUCUUGCCGUGGCCUUGAUCAUGACUACAGCAGGUAUCACCGAACGAUCGAGGAUCUGAAAAAUAAGGUGAGAAAUCAGAGGUUGGGACUAGUCAAUGUAUUUCAAAAGGCAGACAUCAACGGGUUAAGGCGGGUUCUGGACGAGCUGACGCUUUGCAGGACGGACCAGGAGCUGCAGUAUGAAUCUCUGAGUGAGGAGAUGACCUACCUCAAGAAGAACCACGAAGAGGAAAUGCAGGUUCUGCAGUGCGCCGCAGGAGGCAACGUGAAUGUGGAGAUGAACGCCGCCCCCGGGGUGGACCUCACGGUGCUGCUGGGCAACAUGCGAGCCGAGUACGAGGCCCUGGCUGAGCAGAACCGCAGGGACGCUGAGGCCUGGUUCCAGGAGAAGAGCGCCACGCUGCAGCAGCAGAUCUUCGACGACGCUGGGGCAGCCACCUCCGCCAGGACGGAGCUGACGGAGAUGAAGCGCACCCUGCAGACACUGGAGAUCGAGCUGCAGUCCCUCCUGGCAACGAAACGCUCCCUGGAGUGCUCCUUGACAGAG